UUAGAGUCAGAGGUCCUAUGGAAGAGAAGGAGGAAAAGCGAUGCUGGCAAGGGCUCCACAGAGCAACAUUCCUGACAGCUAUGCUGCUGCUGCUGCAAGUGAAGGGGGUGAAGACUCUGAAGGGCAGUGUGAGCCUGGACAGUGACAAGAGUCAGAAAGACAAAAUGUUCUCUGAAGACCAGGACGAGGAGGAGUAUGAAGAACAAUUUGUGGCUUCAUCAGAGGGUGAGCAGUGGCAGGUGGUAGAUAUGGCCCAGCAAGAAGACUCGAACUCCCGGGCAACAACUAUCCAGGACCACCUCUUUGAUCUAGCCUUCUGCUCCAACCUGGCCAGCAUGGUGAUUUUUUUAUGAGAGACUUUGAGGUGGAGGCAGUAGUCUGGAUCCUUCAUGAGGACUUAGACAUCUACCUCCCCUUCCUGAUUGCUUACUGACCUCCUCAAAAUGCAUACCCUGUUCCCUGUUUCUAAGAAGCACCUGGCCUUAGGGUGUAUCACUAGCUUUCCCAACUCUCAUAUCCACUACUUAAUUGCCACCCCAACCCAGAAUUUCAUGUCCCAGGGCCAAAGAUACCAAACCCACACCCUUCCCUCUUAAGCUUUGUCUGAAACAGGGAGGAGACAGUGACAAUAAAGUAGCAAUCACAAUAAAAUCCUGAAAGCAGU